GGUUCCCCAAGGGGGUGGCCCCGCCCCGGAAGUGACGGACCCGGGAUGGCGCCGCAACAUCCGGCCUGGCGGGUCCCUGACUGAGGAGCCGGCGGCGCGCGGGGAUCCCGCUGGGGAAACCGGGUUGCAGAGAGGUGAUGUGGGUCACCUGGGGUCGAACAUCACCAUCAGAGCCGGGAACAGAACACACAUCCCGUCAUUUCGAGCGCCACGCCCUGUCCACCAGUGAACACUCGGAGGCUGGAACCGAUGAAAAAGUGCUGCCAGAUUGUCCCUGCCAGUAAACCCAGCCUAUACGAGCUACUAUGGAAGAGCCCAGGACAGCAGAGAACUUGAGAGAGGUUGGGGCUUCUUCAGAACCGUCCGGCACGGGGCAGAAUGCUUCCAAGAAGCGGGGCACUAAGGGAAGUGGGAGACCAGGACCAGGGGAUGCCAGCAAGGCCUCUAAAAAGAAGAAGGCGUUCAAGGCCCCCAGGAGAGUGGCCCCGGACUACUUUGUUCAUGAGACGGACAAUGAUAUGCUGCUGAUCAUUUCCAACAUAGGCAACGGGCAAGACCGCCCUCCCAGAAAAGUGGCAAAGAGAAAGCGCCAAGCGCCAGCAAAGAAGCAGCAGCUGCAGCGUGUCCAAAGGACCAGCGUGGCAGGAGUGAGAAAGAGAGAGAAAGGAGGGGCUCCAGCUGCAAAGGAGCCUGUGCUUGGGGGCCAGGCUGAGGAAAGCGGGGCAGCUGCUGGGGCCUCCUGGGGAGAGCACCUCCCAGUGGAAAUCCUGGUGCGGAUCUUCCAGUCUUUGGUGGCCUCUGAGGGGGCUGUGCCCUUGCUCUGCCGGGUGGCCCGUGUGUGCCGGCUGUGGUACGGGGCGGCUUCUAAUCCCAUGCUGUGGCAGAAGGUGUCAAUUGGCUUCUGCUGGGUGGAGCCUGGCAAAAAGCAGCCUCCCCAGACCGAGAAAAGAAUCCUCAGCACAAUGGAGUGGCUGGUCCUGAACAGGUUUUUACUUCUCCGGGACUUUGCUCUUUGCCACUGGAAGAGCCACGUGCCUGUUGUCCUGAAGGCCCUUGCGGAGUCCUGCCCCCUUCUCAUAUCCCUCAAGCUGUCCCACUGCAGUGGAGUGACCACCGAGUCCCUGAGUGCACUGGCUGAACGCUGCCCCCGGCUGGAAAGCUUAAACCUGCAGAAUUCCCAGGUUGACUCCUCGGCUGUGGUGAGCUUUCUGGAGGCCGCUGGCUCUCGGAUCCGGCAGCUCUGGCUGACGUACAGCAGCCGGACGAAUGCCAUUGUCGCCACGCUCUCGAGUGGUUGCUGCCUUGGGCUGCGGCUCCUGGAGGUGAACACGGAGAUCAAGCAGAGCAGCCAGCACCUUCAACUCUCAAUAGAACAGCUGCAGGUGGCCUGCCAGCAGCUGCAGGUGCUGCGUCUGCUCAAUGUGAUCUGGUCCCUGAAGCCGAGCCCUCGGUCCGCCCCCACCUCCCUGGGCUUCCCUCAGCUGGAGGAGCUGUGCCUCGCCACUACUUCUUAUUCCUUCGUCAGUGACAGCGUCCUGCAGAAGAUCCUGCAGGCCUCCACCAAGCUGCGGGUGCUGGACCUGCGGGGCUGCUUCCGCGUGACACCCAAGGGGCUGCAGGCGCUGCCGUGUCCCGAUCUAGAGCAGCUGUACCUGGGCCUAUACUGCAGCGAUAACCACCUGCUCUUGCCAUCGGAGGGCAGCCACCUGCUCACCUGGAAGUGGCACCACAGCCUGCAGGAGCUCGAUCUGGCAGGGCAGAGCUUCAGCGAGCGUGACCUGGAGCUUGCCAUGACCGCCUUCGGGCAGGGCAGUGGCCGGGCAGCCCUGCGAUCCCUCAACCUGACCGGGACCAAGGUCACUGUGAGCACUGUCAGUGCCCUGAUCAUCAGCUGUCCUGCCCUGAGCUACCUCAACCUGUCUUCCUGCCGCUACCUGCCCCGGGGCAUGAAGAAGGUGUAUCGGGGCCAGGACGACAUCCGCCAGUGCUUGAGCAAGCUGCUGGCCAGCGCUGACUAGCCGGCAGCUGCACAGGAUAUGUCGUAAUGACACCAGCACCUCCCCUCUCCAGAGACCAGCCUGAGGUCCAGACCCUGCUCCUGCACCUGGAGCAACCCCACGCACAGGCUGAGCGCCAGGCAUUGCUGUUUCACUGGGACAUUCCUGGCAGUGUGGGCAGAGCAGUGGGGCUCCAUGCCCACAGGGUGCUGGGCAGCUCACAGCCAGCACCUGGGACCUGGGCACCCACUUGGUGCUGUAGCAGCAAGCAGCCUGUUCCCCUGGGAGGAGCAGUCGUACCUGGUUCCCUGCUUCCCAUUUUGAUAGCGCCCCCUUUUUGUAUGACAUUCCUCUUGGAUUUUUCAGCGUUUGUACUGUCCAGCGCAGCGCCCAGUGCUACAGAAUAAAGGGCUGUUCCUGCA